CCCCCCUUCUCUCCCUCUCCCUUCCCUAUCCCACCCCUCUCCUCUUCACCUUUACCGAUAUUGAUUCCCUCUGUCCCUCCCCGUCGCUUCAUCCCGAAUUUCCCGCUGGAUCAUGCAAAUCCAGCUUUCCGGGUACCCCGCCUUAGCCUCUACCCCGCCAUGAGCUCCUCCCUCGAGGCUAAGAUCGUUGUCCUCGGCGCCCAAGGCGUAGGCAAAACCUCCCUCGUCGACCGCUAUGUCAAGAACGACUUCAACCCCUCGGCCACCGCCUCCACCGUGGGCGCCUCCUUCGUGACCAAACGCGUCCUCGACAGCGCCUCCGACACCAUUGUCCGACUUCAGAUCUGGGAUACCGCCGGUCAGGAACGCUUUCGCAGCAUCUCCCGUCUCUACUACCGCGGCGCGAACGCCUGCCUCCUCUGCUACGACAUCACCGAUGAACAAAGCUUCCAAGAAAUGACCGGCUGGCUGGCGGAAUUGAAGAAAAACCUCGGCGAAGACGACCCCAUUGUGGUGCACGUCGUCGGCACCAAAACCGAUAUUGUUACCAUCGAUCCUUCGCGUCGAAAAGUUCCGUUUGAACGCACCAUUGCCUACGUUGCGGAGCAGCUGUACCCGACGCAGGCGUCCACACCGCCCGCGACGGCCGGACUGGGCGGACACUCCUCCAGCACACUCACGGGGAUUGAUAGCAAGCGCAGUAGCGCGUUUUGGGGACAGGAUAUCGGAUGGGAUUGCUGUCAUGAGAUCAGCGCCAAGGAUGGCGAGGGCAUUGAGGAGGUGUUUCGUGUCAUCACGCGGAAGCUGGUCGAGCAGCGCAAUAAACGCGAAGGGGGGACGAGCUCGUCACAACGGUCGUCGACGGUGUUUGAGGGGACGACGUCUCUGACCCCGGGAAAUAUUGACGGGAAUGGGAGUUUCCGCUUGGGCUACGGGGAUAAACGCCGCAGCUGGCUAGGAUUCCCGCCUAGCAGUGUGGGUGACGACUUGGAGGAUAUUCUGGAGGGACCGAAGCGAAAGGGAGGACAGUGUUGUUAAGGUGAUUCUGCUGUUGACAGUGCACAGUAUCUUUCUUUUCAUUGCUGCAUUUGAUCUUACGAUGAUGACUAACUGCAUUGUGAAGCUUGGUGGCGUUUGUCUUAUUU